UGAUUGUUACAUCAACAUUUUAUGAAAAAAUUCAAACGUCUAGUAAAUUUUAAAGUCAAGCUAAUUCCUUAUUAAAUUACCUUGUUUAAUUUAAACUAAAGUAUCGGUACUGUUAACAACAAUAAUAAAUAACUGUUUGACAAGUUUUGUUGAUUCGUUUGGUUGACCUACUCUCAACUGCUUCCAACUUUCAACCUGUAAUCUGGUUAAGUUCAUUUUAUUUUGGUAGUACGUCUGAAUAUGUUAAUAACUUGUACAUCAAAUUAUCAUUACCUUGUGAUUUUCAGAUCAUCGUUUUUAUUAUAAUUCUUAUUCAUUAUUUUUUUUAAUGUUAAUUAACUCAGUCUUAAAUGGACUAUAAAUUCAUUGUUACCACUUCUAUCAAUCUUUCAUUUUGAUUCAUCUUGUCUUUUACCUUUUUGAAUCAGUUUUAUUCGUCAUCAUCAUUUCUUUUGUCCUAUUUACCUAAUUUUGGCUCAAAAAUUCAUUCAUCUCUAUUUGAUUAACAAGCAUCUGUGAUUUUCUUAAACAGCUUCAAAUGUCAACUACUCCAUGGAAAGAAGCAUCAACUCUUAUCAUAGUUGCCAGAGCUUCAUUAACUCAAAAGAUUGGCCAUGAUUUGGGUCAAAAUUUGGUUGUAUCCAGUCGUGUCUUGCCCAAUGAUGAAAAAUUAAAGUCCCAAAAGAAACAAACAUCUACUGAUUACAGGAUACUCAUGGUUAAACGAAGCAAUCUUUCCUCUUUUAUGGCCUCAGCCUAUGUCUUUCCUGGUGGUCAUGUUGAGCUAUCAGAUUAUUCAUCGAAAUGGUGGAAUCUUUUCGAAAGAUUAGGAUUCAAGCGAGAAAAUCUUACACGUGAAAUUGAAUCUCGAGUUUCCGGACCUCGCCCGUCUAUGAUUCAGAAGCCUAACAUUUUACUAGAUGUUGAUAAUGAAACUCAUAUUGGAAAUCUUCUCAUUCCAGAUAUUGCUUUAAGAAUUGCCGCUAUUCGUGAAACGUUUGAAGAAACAGGUGUAGCAUUAUUGAUCAGUCCAAAUGGCGGUAAUAAACAGGAAAAUGAGAUUGGUAACACUCUGAACAAUGAAGAUUUGGUUAAAUGGCGACAAAAAGUGAGAGAAAAUGGUUCGGCCUUUCUCGAUCUGUGUAAUCAACUCAACCAAGUGCCCAAUAUUUGGUCUCUCUAUGAAUGGUGGGAUUGGCUUACUCCUAUUUCAGUUGGACAUAAGAGAUUUGACACCAUGUUUUACCUUUGUUGCUUGGACAAACAACCCAAAGUUGUCCUUGAUAAUACCGAAGUUACCAAUUUGAAGUGGUGUACACCUUCUGAUAUAAUUGAUGAACACACGAAUGAAGGUGUUUUUCUUGCUCCACCGCAAUUUUAUGAGCUGUCCCGGUUGAAAAAUUUGAAUAAAUUUGAUGAAGUUGAAAGAUUUGCUAAACAGAGAGAAAUUCUUGGAAUUGAACGAUGGAUGCCUGUCAUUUCAACCUAUUCCGAUGGCGCAAUAUCACUUCUACCAGGAGAUGAUGCUUAUCCUACAAAGCCAGACAUUAUUGGUCUUAAACCUGUUCCAGAUUAUCCACAAACAUUGGCCCAAAUGAGAUCUCAAGUUGUGAAUUUAAAUAGAAUUGAGUUGAGAGGUCCAGUUUGUACUUGUUUAUGCAAUUGUAAACUUACUUGUGGUCAUCUUAGUCCCAUUUCCAAUCCAUCAAUGGCACCUGUCUAUUCUAAGCUUUGAGACAAGUUUAUUUUAAUUUCUUGUUUAUGUUUUGGAAAAAAUAUGCUCAAGAAAAGCUGUUUUAUGUAUUCACGAUGGCAAGUUUCAGUCAAACUAGUUCACCCUAAGAACUUGUCAUUUCAAAUGUGAAUAGAAAGAAAAUAGAAGAGACAAUUUAAUUCAAUAUGCAAUAAAAUCAAAUUUUAUCAUUUUUA